AUGAAUCUAGAGGGCAAGAACGUACAUCCAUUCUUCACCAAGCCUUCGAACGGCCACGAACCAGAGCCAUUACCAACCGCGAACGGAAUCCCCAUCGACGACACGCAUCAUGACGCAGCACAUUCUGAGACAGACCCCAAAUCAGCAAACGGACAGCAGAAGAGGACACGAAAAACCGAUGCAGUCAAGGGCAGACAUGCAGCUUCUCACUCCAAGAACCAAGCGUCUCUAGACAGAUUCACUCUUCUGCCAGCGAUACAAAGUACAAACGAAACCAAUGUGCACGAUACAAACACACCUGUAGAGGCUUCGUUGGAAGUAGAUCCAAAUCUCGACCGGAGGAAGAGACAGAAAACAGCCUCGCCGGAGCCCGUUUUCAAUGUACUGAAUUCGGCGCAACCCGAGCCAGGUGCUCUCAACUGGCAUCAGCAACUGCAAGCGGGAGAGGAAGUCAUGAGGUCAAAUGGGGUGCAAGGAACGCCACAAUCGGCAAUUGAUGCACCACUGAACACAUUGCCGAAACAGGUGGAUCAACCGGACCAAGCUGUGGAGCCCAACACGCUGCCUGUAGCGGACCUGGACAUUGCCGCUAACUCGAAUGAUUCCGUUGCAAGCGAACACAUGAAGACGACACCGAAGAAACAGAUAAGAAUUACUAAGAGCGGCAGACUAGUCUCUAGUCCGCCGAAACCGACAUUCGAAGCGUCACCAAAGAAAAAACGUGGUCGGCCGCGCAAGGAAGCCAAGAUAAUCCCUACGGUUACGGUCAUACGGUACGGCACAGAUGCAGCCAGUCGAUCUGCUUUGGGCCAGAAGAUUGAAGAUAUCCUGAACGCAAAGAAGAAAUUAGUGGCACGUCCAGCGACUCAGAAGAAGGCACCAUCGAAACCUGCUGGGCCAACGCAUCCAUUCUUUCUUGGUAAAGCCUCCAAGGAGGCUCCUCCUGCUAAGGUCGUCACCGAGCUACCACCGGCAACCCCAAGAAAGAGCGCUUGUACUCCAGGAAAACUGCGUGCUGAAUUCCGACGAGACCAAUCACCUGAAGGUCCGCAGGCUUUCAACAGAGGGCUACAGUCAAAUAGGGUGGGAAAACAAUCCGGUUUGAACGAAGCUUCCUGGCCUACUGGUGAAAACGCGCACGUCCGCAACCUCGAUUCUACACCACCAUGUCUGCAAAACGCGACAAGUAUGCAGCUGCCUUUAAGGCCGCGAAAACUGAAGAACGCUGUGGUGACACUCCCAGAACAUGAAAAUGUGGUUGAGAGAUUAGCGCAGAACCUCAAAAGCCACAAUGGGAGCAAGGCUCGGUCAAUUUCUGAAUUUGAGCCCCCAGAAGAUGUUCGUCUGCCCAAGAGGCUGCUUACUACUGGGGCAGAGAUACAGCGUAGGGUGCGUGAGCAACUGCUGGUCCGGUUAUCUUCGUCAGGAAUACCACAGGAUGCUCGACAAAAGUCCCACCCCGCCGUGAGAGAUCUCUUCCAAGGAAUUGAGAGCGCUCUCACGCCGUUUGACGAAGGAAGAUGCGAAUCUCAACCCUGGACUUUGAAGUACUGCCCCAAGUAUGCGUCACAUGUUUUACAGACGGGCACGGAAGCAGUGGUCCUCAAAGACUGGUUACAAAGUCUGACAGUCAUGGCUGUAAGCGGCGCGUCGAAAGUCGCUACUACAAUAGAUGGCAAGCAGCCUCCACGGAAGAAACGAAAGAAAGCUAUAGACGACUUCAUUGUGCCAGACGGUGAAGGGGAUGAGGAGGAAGACAUGAUUAUGCUUCCAGCUGCGGAAGGGGCAGGCUUGCCUUCGAGGUCUUUCCGGCAACCGCAGUGGAUACGUAAUAAUAACGUCGUACUCAUCAGCGGCCCCCAUGGCUGUGGUAAAAGUGCGGCUGUACACGCUGUGGCGAAAGAGCUGGGCUUUGAGGUUUUCGAGAUUCAUGCUGGCAUGCGCCGUUCAGGAAAAGAUAUCCAAGACAAGGUCGGUGAUAUGACUGCGAACCAUCUCGUGAAUCACAAACGUAGCGCAGCAUCCGUGCAAGAGAACGUCCAAGCGGCGGAUGAUGCGAACGACAACCGCGUAGACACUGUUCUAGAAGAUGACAUUAACAGUGGGCGCCAAGCGACCAUGGCAUCCUUCUUCCAAGUAAAACCCGGAACAGGGGCGGUCAAACCGAAGGUUAAGGCGAAAGUCUCUGAGGUUCACAAAGCACCAGCACCCUCAGCCCAAGCUACUCUUCCCAUGGCACAGGCGUCGCAUACAUCACAAAAACAAUCCUUGAUCCUCAUCGAAGAGGCGGAUAUACUCUUCGAGGAGGAUCAGCAGUUCUGGGCUCAAAUUACCAAAAUCGCUUCUUUGUCGAAACGUCCGAUUGUCAUCACGUGCAAUGAUGAGCGGCAAAUACCCAUGCAAGAUCUGCCGAUAGCAGCCAUCCUCCGCCUUCAACCUGCUCCUGUGGAACUGGCCACCGACUAUUUGCUUGUUCUUGCUGGUAGGGAAGGCCAUAUCCUGGAGCGGCAGGCUGUGAAAGAGCUUUAUGAAUCGAAGGACUACGAUAUUCGAGCUAGUAUCAUGGAACUUGACUUUUGGUGCCAGAUGUCUGUGGGUGACAGGAAGGGUGGCCUAGAGUGGAUGUACCAACGCUGGCCACCUGGCAAAGAUACAAAUGAGCAUGGUCAAACAUUGAGAGUUGCAAGUGAAGGUACAUACAAGUCCGGCAUGGGUUGGCUAUCACACAACGUCCUCGAAACCCAAGGCAACCCUGUGUUUGACAAAGAAGAAGAACUUUUACAAGAAGUCUGGGCGGACUGGGGUAUCAGCCCGUCAGCUUGGGGAAUCCCUGAAGCAAGUGGUACACGGUCAUCUAGGGAACCAAGUACUGAGUGGUUCGAUCAGUUGGGAGAUCUCAUAAGUCUUGACAACUACGCCGAUUCAUUGAGUGCUGCAGACAUGUUCUGUCGGGUCGGUCUACCCACUUACGACCCUAGCUCUAAUCAACCCACCGAUUCAACCCAGCCCGCGAUUACUGAGAAAUCACGCCUUAGCUACACGCUCGCCGCACCUCUCCUCCAAGUCGACCAUAGCUCUGACUUCCUGAACCUCGACACCGCGUUCUCUACCCAAAUCCACCUUGCCAUCCAGCGUACAUACCCAGAUCUAUCCCACAGUCACAGCCUGUCAUCAACCCCCAAUUUACGCACAGAAGCCGACUACGCCCGCGCCAUCCUCCACCACCGUAAAACCCUGAAUACAAAAACCACUCUCACACGCCCCGACUUCGCCUUGGCCCUUGAUCCCCUCGCCGACCCACCCGACCAACUCCUCCCCGAACGCUCUUCUUUCAUUUUCAUACCAUCGUCCUUUGACCGCACAUUCAGCAUCAUCACACUCGAUCUGGCACCCUACGUCCGCAGUAUCGUUGCGUACGAGCUGAUCCUUGAGGAACAGCGUGUAAGGAUGUCGAGUGUGCUGAACACUGCUGGUGGGAUAGGAGGCAAGAGGGGCAGGACUACAAGAGCGAGUCGUGUGGCACUUGAGGGAGGUGUUAGAGAGACGAAGAGGAAGGAGAAAUGGUUCGAUGCUGAUGUGGAUUUUGAUGCUGUCAUGAGGACGGCGGGGAGGGAGUGGGCGGGUAUGGGUUGGAGGUGCGAUGGGUGGAAUGAAGAGGGUUCGGCGAGUUAUAUGGGAACCCGGGACGGGACGGCAAGUUUGGCUGGAACGCAGGAUGGGGAUGUGAUUAUGGAGGGCUCACAAGAGUAA